UCUAUGUUCUCUGUUCAUUGUCGUUCUUUGCGAAAAGGUUAGCCGUUUGCAUAUUGUUGAAAAACGUGGCUUUUAAAUAACUGUCAUUGCAAUAAAGCAAAAGAAUUAAUUGUUUUUAUAAAAAGUCGAAAUAUAUUUAUUGAACAAUGGCUUCAAGAGGCCAAUCCCGGAGAAUACCCGAAUCGGAACCACGAAUAGAUUAUGUGCAAUGCCAUGGUUUGGUGCUUAUGAAAAUGGUGAAGCAUUGUCAUGAGGAAUCAUUGAGCAACAUGGAUGUUUCUCAGGGCGCUCUUUUGGGUCUUGUAGUUCAAAAUCGUCUUGAAAUCACUAAUUGCUUCCCUUUUCCAAAGAGCGAAGAUCUUAUGGAUGAAGAGGAAUACCAACUUAGCAUGAUGCGCAGACUAAGAAGAGUGAACGUCGAUCACUUUCACGUUGGAUGGUACCAAAGUGCUGAUGUAGGUAAUUUUCUAAACAUGUCCCUAUUGGAAUCACAAUAUCAUUAUCAAACAUCAAUCGAGGAAUCUGUGGUUGUAAUUUACGAUACUGCAAAAUCUGCCCGUGGUUUUCUAACUUUGAAAGCUUAUCGUCUCACUCCACAAGCAAUUCAAAUGUACAAAGAAGGAGAAUUCACACCAGAAGCAUUGCGUACACUUAAAAUAGGCUAUGAGUCUCUUUUCAUUGAACUUCCAAUUGUUGUAAAGAACAGCAAUUUAACUAAUGUUAUGAUGUCAGAAUUGGAGGAAAUGAUUCCCGAGGAACAGGGUACAAAACAUUUGGAUCUUGGAACUGCAACGGUUCUUGAAAAUCAAUUACGUUGCCUAAUGGAUCGUGUCGAUGAACUUAAUCAGGAGGCAAUUAAAUUCAAUAGAUAUCAAAGUUUGGUGAUUCGUCAACAACAGGAUAAAAAUCGUCUUUUAUUAAAGAGAGCUCAAGAAAAUGCUGCUCGUGCUGCUAAGGAUGAACCACCACUUCCUGAUGACGAUAUUAAUAAAUUAAUUAGACCACUACCAGUGCCAGCACGAUUAAAUCCAAUGAUUGUUGCGGGACAAAUUAAUACCUAUACUCAACAUAUUUCGCAAUUCUGCGCACAAAGUUUAGCUAAACUUUAUAUUACACAGAGUCUUCAAUCUGCUAAGGAAUCAAAAUCAACGAAUUGAAUGUCUUGAAUUUUACUGGACGACACUUUUUUUGUAUUAAAAAAAAAAAAUAAAUAAUAAUAAUAAUAAGAAGAAAAAUCCGAACUGAAACGCAAACUCGUUUUAAUAAAAAAAAAUUGUUUUGAAUAAUAAAUCUUGGUCUGAUGGAAA